AUGCUGGUGACCUAUUUGGAAGCCAGCCGGGACCUUUGCGAGACGGAUUCAAUUCUUUUUGGCGCCGCACUGGCAGUAUGCCGUAUUAUUGGCGCCAAACUUCCCGUGGCUGGACGUGCUACUCAAAAAAGUAGCGCCAUCCCAGCCUGGAGAAAAAGAAUUGAGGACCGUAUCGCAAAGGCAAGGGCCCUUAUCGGCAGACUGACAAGCUUCAGGUCGGGUAAUAAUAGACCGAGGAUUAUGCGCACCGUUAGGAUGGCGUUUGCUGGGACAAAUAUCAAUUUGUUCCAGCCGGAUAUCACGCAAAAACUAACGGAGCGCAUAGAUGACCUGAAGCAAAAAAUCGCUGCUUGGGGGAAGCGGAUUCGACGAUUUAGCGAGAGGUCAAGGCGGUUCAACCAGAAUCGUCUCUUCCAGAGUGAUCAGAAGAGGCUCUAUAAAACAUUGGAGCGACCAGAGGUAUGUGGAGCGGGCCCAGGACCGGAUCAGGCUGACACUGUCGCAUUUUGGCGUGGCCUGUGGUCAGAGCCCGUAAACCACAGCGAGGGCCCUUGGAUGGAAGUUGUGGCGAGCCAGAGUGCAAGUGUUACGCCUAUGGACCCCGUCACCAUAACGCCUGAAGACGUGGCUGAGGCGGUCCGUAGGGCCCCGAACUGGAAAAGUCCGGGGCUCGACGGGCUGCAUCAUUACUGGCUGAAGGGGAACCACACACACACAAAGAUAGGAUAUCGUGAGAGAAAGAAAUUACAAAAUACAAUGGUACAAAACAUAACUGCAGAGAGAUCAGAUGAAUGUAGUGAGACUGAUCAAUUACAAGCUAAAUUAUAA